GGCGCGCGGUUGCCAUGGUGACGCGCGCCGCGGCCGCGAGGACCUUUUGUCGGUCGUUCAGGGCUGCGCGGCCGCGGAGGUGCGGGGACCCGGGCUUGCGCCGGCGGGGGCGGUGGGCUCACCUAUGGGCCUUUCCAAAAGCAAACAGAAACCCAGGAAAGGUGAGGAGCAAAAGAAGGAAUCCAUCUAUUCGGUUCCAAAACCUAAGGAUAAGUUGAUGGAGAAGCAUUCGCAGGAAACCAGGCAGGCAGACAGGGAGUCGGAGAAGCCUGUGGACAGCCUCCCCCCGGGGUCCGGGACAGCCAAGCACCUGUCGCCGGCAGCUUCGCAGGAAGAGAAACGUGAUGUAAAGCAAAAGUCCAGCAGGAAGAAAGUGGUCAUUCCACAGAUCAUCAUCACGCGAGCGUCAAAUGAGACGCUCACCAGCUGCAGUUCCAGCAGGAGUGACCAGAGAACCAUUCGGGAGCAGGAGGACUGGGGCCCCUACCGGCGGCACAGGAACCCCAGCACAGCAGAUGCCUACAGUUCACAUCUCAAAGAAUAAACAAGCACCCUUGCAUGGCA